AUGCUCACCCCAGCCACAGCUGCACCCGCUACAACCCCACCCGCUACAACCCCACCCGCUACAGCCGCACCCGCUACAAGCGCCAAGCAUCCAUCUAUCUCCACGCACGUGCUGGACGUGGCUCUGGGCAGACCCGCUGCUGGCAUCCCAGUGCUGCUGGAGCGACAGAUAGAAGCCCGAGGGGAGAGUGAGAGUGGUGGCGUGGGGUUGGGAUGGGAGCGAGUGGGCGGGGGAGUCACAAAUGCUGAUGGCAGGGCUGCUGGGCUGCUUGCCAGGGGUGGAGAUGAGGGAGGAGUGGUGGGAAUCGGUGGGGUAGGAGGUGGAGCGGUGGGAGGUGGAGGGGUGGGAGCUGGGAUCUACCGGCUGAGCUUUGCAACAGGGGAGUAUCUUGGUCGGAUGCAUGGAGCAAGAGGGACAGGGGACGCACAAGCUGGCACAGGGAGAGGCAGUGGCAGUGGUGGUUGCAGUGGUGGCGGUUUCUUCCCGAGUGUGUCGAUAGUGUUCCGAGUGCUGCCAGAGCAACAGAGGGAGCACUUCCAUGUGCCGCUGCUGCUCUCCCCCUUCUCCUACUCCACGUACCGAGGCAGCUGA